AUGGCUGCACCAAUGAAAUGCAUGGCCACGGCUGUGAGGAGUAUUUCAGGUCCACGAGCGGCGCGCGUUCCGCAUCGAACAUUCGCCUUUAGCACAUCGAGUCCGGUCGCAUCGUCGCGGAAACCAUCAGCGGGCAACGCAACGUGUCGGAGGGAAUUACAGACAACGCGCAUUGGACCAAGGAACGCUGCAAGUAGCUGCCAAGGACACACAAGGGGUUUUUCGCAAUCGACACCACGGAGCAAGCUCAAGACAAUAGAUCAGAUCCGGGCCAGGAACAAGGGCGGGCCAUUCAAUCUCACAGCAGCCAUCCUCUUCGUCGCAGCAGGUGGAGGAUUAUGGGCCUACUUCACAUACGAGAAAGAGCGCAUGGCAAGAAAGCGAAUCGCCGAGCAAACAAAGGGUAUCGGAAAGCCUAAAGUAGGCGGUCCAUUCCAGCUCCAAGACCACAACGGCCAGCCAUUCAGCAACGAGGAUAUGCUAGGCAAAUACUCUCUCGUCUACUUUGGUUUCACUCACUGUCCCGACAUCUGCCCCGACGAGCUCGACAAAAUGGCUCUCAUGUACGACAAAGUCGUCGCCGAAUGCGGAAACGUCAUCCUCCCCGUCAUGAUCACAUGCGAUCCUGCACGCGACAACCCCAAGGUGCUCAAGGAAUACCUGGCAGAGUUCCAUCCUGACUUCAUCGGCUUGACAGGCACCCACGAGGAGAUCAAGGAUACAUGUAAAGCGUAUCGCGUGUACUUCAGCACCCCCAAGGACGUCAAGCCUGGCCAAGACUACCUGGUUGAUCACAGUAUCUACUUCUAUUUGAUGGACCCAGAAGGCGAUUUUGUCGAAGCCAUCGGGCGCAACUUCACGGCGGAACAGGCUGCGAAGGUCAUCUCAGACCACAUCAAGGAUUGGGAAAAGCCGUUGAAGAAAGAGACGAGAUGGGAGUAG